AUUACAGCGCUCAUUAUCUGCCACUCCUUCACACAAGCAAAACAGACUGACGCGCGCUUGCGAUUCGCGAUUCACCUUUGCGAGUCGACUCGCUCGAGCGGUGCGCUUCAUUGAUUCGGUUCUUUGAGAAGAAUUCACUCCUCGCACAGUGAUUCACUCGCAGCUGCGAAUCGGUUCAUGUGAAUCAUUGAGGAAUUCAGACAGAGUCGGUGUGGCUCGCGGCAGAGUGAGUCUCGUGUGUUCGCCGGUGUCGCUUCUGUCCGCGAUCUGUCCCGAAGCAGACAUCCCUGUGAUCUGAUCCUGCGCUGGAGGAACGCGGGAUGAGCGAGCGUCUCUCUGAUCGCAGACCUGCUGAUUCUUGACAUCAUGACGGAGGAGUUCAGUAACCUGACGGCGCUCAUGAAUAACAUGAGUGAGUUUUCCAACCACACGGCGAGAUGCUCGUUAACCAAGACCGGCUUUCAGUUUUACUAUCUCCCCAUCGUCUACAUCAUCGUCUUCAUCGCAGGCUUCAUCGGAAACAGAGUGGCCAUAUGGAUGUUCGUGUGCCACAUGAGGCCCUGGAGCAGCAUCUCCGUCUACAUGUUCAACCUGGCGCUGGCCGAUUUUUGUUACGUGCUCUCGCUACCGUUCCUCAUCUUCUACUACUUCAACAAAACAGACUGGAUUUUUGGAGACGUCUUAUGCAGACUGCAGAGGUUCAUCUUCCAUGUGAAUCUCUACGGAAGCAUCCUGUUCCUCACGUGCAUCAGCGCGCACAGAUACUCCGGCGUCGUGCAUCCGCUCAAAUCGCUCGGGAGGCUGAAAAAGAAGAACGCCGUUCGCACCGUCGCGCUCGUCUGGUUCGUAGUCGUGGUCGGCAUCUCUCCCAUCCUUUACUACUCACGGACCGGCCCUAAGAAGGGGUUAACGACAUGCCACCACAACACGACCGAAGACGAGCUGCCUGGAUACUUCAUCUACAGCAUGUGCAUGACGGUGUUCGGCUUCUGCAUCCCGUUCAUCAUCAUCUUCAGCUGCUACGGCGGCAUCGUCAAAGCCCUCAUCUGCAACGACAUGGACAACGCACCGCUGAGGAAGAAGUCCAUAUACCUGGUCAUCAUCGUGCUCACGGUGUUCGCCGUCUCCUACCUGCCCUUCCACGUCAUGAAGAACCUGAACAUGCGAGCGAGACUGUACUUCCAGAGCCCGGAUAUGUGUGCCUUCAACGACCGCGUGUACGCCACCUACCAGGUGACCCGCGGCCUGGCCAGCCUCAACAGCUGCGUGGAUCCUAUCCUGUACUUUCUGGCCGGAGACACUUUCAGACGCAAGCUGUCCAGAGCCACCAAGAAGUCCUCCAGGAAAGGAGACCACCCCCUGCAGUCCAAGAGCGAGGAGACGGCACUGAGCAGCCUGCCGGAGAGCGUCCAGAAUGGGGACAACCGAGACUGACCUUCCCUUUGCUUCCGAUGCGUUAUAGAUGAACUCUACCAGGCAAACGUUUCUGAACAGUACGCUUUUAAUGUUUCUUAAAGAGGUCUCUUCUGCUCACUGAGCCUGCAUUUUUAUUUGAUCCAAAAUACAGCAAAAGCUGUAAAAUUUUGAAAUGUUU